AUGAACAUUCCUGGUGGAAAUCCAUGGGGACCAAAGCCGAAUGGCAACCCGUUUCUUUCGGGCACCCGUCCGGUGAUAGCGGACUUAGCGAUAGCUGCUUUGAAGGAGCGGGAACAGAAAAGACGCAGGAGAAUUUGCCCACAGUUCAACCCAAACCGCUCACUGUUUCUUUUGUCGAAAAGAAAUCCAAUUCGUCGAUACUGUCUGAUGAUAGUGGAUGCUAAACCAUUUGAAUUCUUUAUCCUCGCCACCAUUCUCGCCAAUUGCAUCGCCCUGGCAAUCAAUCACCCUUAUCCCAUGGGUGACUACAACGCUACGAACGUAGCUCUGGAGAAGACCGAAUUAGCCUUUCUCAUCAUCUUCACAAUCGAAGCUGUGCUCAAAAUCAUCGCCUACGGCUUUGUUCUCCAUCCAGAUGCUUACUUGCGGAAUUUCUGGAAUGUCCUCGACUUCUCCAUUGUCGUAAUCGGUUUGGGUUCAAAGUGCCUGGAAAACACCAAACUGGACGUGAAGUCGUUGCGGGCGUUCAGAGUUUUGCGACCACUUCGUUUAGUCUCUGGUCUUCCCAGCUUACAAGUCGUGCUCAAUUCAAUCGUCACCGCAAUGGUGCCGCUGUUCCACAUCUUCCUCCUCGUGAUCUUCCUCAUCACCGUCUACGCCAUCAUCGGUCUGGAGUUGUUUCAGAGCAAGCUCCACGCCACGUGCUACCUCGUCCAGGACAACACCACGUGUAAGUCACCCACAUCGCGCCAUCGUUGUCAUGCUACUGGUGGCAGGCGGCAUUCUUUUCUUGCUACGCCUAUGACUGAAACCUCAGUUGGACAGGCUGGAAAUCAGCAUCGCGGUAAUUACCGCCGUCGUCAAAUGGGUUUUCGUCUCAAUCCUUUUACCUCACGCUCGUGGAGCGAGUUGCUGCGAGUGGGUUUCGUCCUUGUGCUAAGAACGCCCGAAGCAUGGUCUGAGGAACGUAACCGAGCCCUGCAAAAAUCUGACGAUGACCAGCAACUGUUCCCUAACCCCUCCAAACUAUCACCCCUCCUCCCCCCACCCCACCCACCACGGGAACCCGCCAAGUCAUAUUCUGGUGACUCAUACUCGCAGACCGUUUUAGACAUCAUGAUGGACAAUCCAAGGCCCUGCUCGAACAGCUCGUAUUCGAUGGCUUUCAACUGCACCGAGAUUGGACCGAACUACGUGUGUCGAGACCUGCCACCGGAGCUGGGAGAGCGGUACCCGGGUCCUGAAGAUGGCCUGGUGAACUUCGACAAUUUCCUCUACGCCAUGCUGACGAUUUGUGCUGCGGUGGGCCAUUGGUGGCCGUGGAUAUACUUUGUCAGCCUCAUUCUCCUCGGCUCCUUCUUCGUCAUGAACCUCGUCCUUGGCGUCCUCAGUGGCGAAUUCACCAAGGAAAAAGACAAGACCGAUCGCAAGGAAUUAUUCAGGAAAGAAAGGCAACAAAAGCGUGAGCAACAGGACUACGAGAAUUAUAAGGAGUGGAUUGAGAUCGCAGUCUUCGAACAAAGCAUAGCCCUCACGCCUCUUUUGACUGGCAUUAUCUCAACCUCCAUCAAUCGAGAUAAAACCGGCGCAUCUCCUGUUUCUAAAAUUUACGCCACCAAAUUUAACCUUGCGCAUCCAUCGGAGCCAAUAAUAAUUCUUGCGGCGGAUAUUUUUAAUGAGGAUCUCUCCGAUACGGAUGCCGAGGCGAAGAGCAACAAGGAAUUGGAAGCCGGUUUGAUGGAUGGCGAGAUUGUGGAUGAGCAGGAGGCGACGAACGAGCCAACUGCUCGGAAUCAGUGCUGCGAGGGAAUGAGACGUCUGAAGAAAUUUCGAAAGCGUCUGAGACGGGUGAUAGCGGCCUUCGUGAAGAGUCGCCAGUUCUUCGCGCUGAUCCUCACUUUUGUUUUGCUAAACACAAUUGUCUUAGUAACCGAGCACCACAAUCAACCAGUCUGGCUUAACCAAUUCCAAAACUUCGCCAACGUCCUCUUCGUGAGUCUCUUCACUCUGGAGAUGAUUAUCAAAAUGUGCGCCUACGGCCUCCAGGACUACUUCGCGACUCUCUUCAACCGAUUUGAUUUUCUCGUCGUUAUAGCUUCAAUUCUGGAGAUAAUUCUUACUCAUUUGGGACUGAUAGACCCUAUGGGGCUAUCGGUGCUGAGAUGCGCCCGCCUCUUACGAAUUUUCAAGAUUACACACUACUGGGCCGGUUUGAGGGGAUUGGUAAAUCGCCUGCUAAAAUCAAUAAAGUCGGUUGCAGGCCUUCUGCUGCUGCUCUUCCUCUUCAUCCUCAUUUGCUCCCUUCUCGGAAUGCAGUGGUUUGGAGGCACCUUCAACUUCCCCAACACCGACAAACCACGAAGCCACUUCGAUGGAAUCGUUCAGUCCAUGAUUACGGUCUUUCAGAUGCUGACCGGUGAGGACUGGAACGCCGUGAUGUACAACGGGAUGCGCGCGUACAAAUCCGACGGCCCCUGGUUCGCCAUUGUCGUCAUCUACUUCGUGGUUGUCUUCGUUGUUGGAAAUUACAUCCUACUGAACGUCUUCUUGGCCAUCGCGGUGGACAACUUGAGUGCCGAAGACGAUGAGGACGAAGAAAGCGGUGGAGACGACGAAAAUGACACUCUCGACAGGCACGGCACGUCUGGAUCCUCCAAGAAGGCUGUUGACGCUUCUGCCAACACAAAAGGCCCCCUGGACGCCUAUAUGGAGAUGAACUAUGAAGAGAUGUUUGCCGAGGAGGAGGAGCAGGAUGACGGACACAUGGCUUCGAAAUCGGAGCUGAACGAAACCAACACGGCGAAUCCACAGACAAUCCCACCCUACUCUGCCUUCUUCAUAUUCGAUCCGACCAACAAGUUCAGAAUCUUUUGCCACAACAUUGUUUCCUCGCCAAUCUUCAACAAUCUCGUUCUUGGCUGCAUCCUCAUCAGUUCGGCGCUCCUCUGUGCUGAAGAUCCCCUGAACACCUACUCGUUGACCAAUAGGAUCCUCAACUACUUCGACUACUUCUUCACAAGUGUGUUUACGAUCGAAAUCACACUCAAGAUGAUCGCCUACGGCUUCAUUCUGCACGAAGGCGCUUUCUUGCGCGGCAUGUUCAACCUGCUCGACUUGAUCGUCGUGUUUGUGGCUCUCAUCUCCUUUGUUCUCGAGAAUGAAGCGAUAUCGGCCGUCAAAAUUCUUCGCGUGCUGCGUGUCCUCCGACCUCUUCGCGCCAUUAACCGAGCCAAAGGCCUGAAGAACGUUGUCCAGUGCGUGGUCACAGCGCUGAAAAGCAUCGGCAACAUCAUGCUCGUCACAAUUCUCAUCGAAUUUGUCUUCGCUGUGAUCGGCGUGCAGCUCUUCAAGGGCAAGUACGUCUCGUGCAACGAUCCCUCCAAACUCACCGAACAGGAUUGCAAGGGGUUCUUUAUUGAAUAUGAGCACGGCCGACCGGCAAACGUUGUUGAACGCGUGUGGACGCACUCCGAACUGAACUUCGACAAUGUCGCCAACGCGAUGCUGACCCUCUUUGUCGUUCUCACUUUUGAAGGCUGGCCGCCAAUCCUCUACGCCGGUAUCGACUCGAACGAAGAGGACAUGGGACCGCUUCACGACCACCGAAAGUACAUCGCGCUCUACUUCAUCAGCUAUCUCAUCGUCGCCUCCUUCUUUAUGGUGAAUAUCUUCGUGGGUUUCGUCAUCGUCACCUUCCAGCGCGAAGGCGAACGCGAGUACAAAAACUGCGAGCUGAACAAAAACCAGCGAAAGUGCAUCGAGUACGCACUCAAGGCGCGGCCACGACGGCGGUACAUUCCCAAAGGCCAUCUCCAGUACAAGAUUUGGUCUAUGGUCGUGUCUCGCAAGCUAGAGAUCCUCAUUUUCACCUUCAUCUUCCUAAACACCGUGACGUUGGCUUGCAAGCACGACAAAAUGGACCCGACGUUCAGCAGCGUCCUCGACAACUUCAACUACUUCUUCACAGCGGUAUUCACGGUGGAAUUCAUUCUCAAGCUCUCUGCCUUCAGCUUCCGGCACUACUUCGGAGACCCCUGGAAUGUGAUCGAUUUCAUCAUCGUUUUGGGCAGCUACAUCGACAUCAUUGUUAGCAAGGCUUUGAUCUCACGCUGUUGUGGCAGCAGCAGCAGCGGUGGCGGCGGCGGUGGUGGUGGGAUUUUGGCUGUCACCGCUGCUGAACAGACGGCUAGUUCCGAGACGACGCUGAAGUUUAAUAUCAAUUUCUUCCGACUGUUCCGUGUGAUGCGAUUGGUCAAGCUGUUGAGCAAAGAGGAGUCCAUUCGCAAACUCCUUUGGACCUUCAUAAAGUCCUUCCAGGCACUGCCGUACGUCGCCUUGUUGAUUGCGAUGCUGUUUUUUAUCUACGCCGUCAUCGGUAUGCAACUCUUCGGAAAGAUAAGCUUGUACCAGCCGGGACUCGAACCCGGGGAAGACGGUGUUAUUCACCGAAGUAACAACUUUCGAAGCUUCUUCUUCGCUCUCCUUGUUCUCUUCAGGUCUGCAACUGGCGAGUCGUGGCAGGAGAUAAUGCUUGCAUGUACCCCAGGUAAGGAACAACGUUUUUUCGGAGCACGGAUCGCUGAACAACCCCUGUUCAAACAAAACGGUGUAGGCCAAUUUAGUGGGACACGUAAUCUGAUUAUCGGUGCGGCAAAACUAGCGCACAAAACAGCCCCCCACGGAUCGUGCUCUUCCGUCCGAGAGCCACUACAUCUCCAGCGCCAAAUUCAGACCGACUUUCGUGUGCCUGGCAGCCCGGUUUGCGUUGUCAGCGUCUUUGUCAUGCGAAAUGGCGUUCGAGAUCGUAUCAAUGAGCUCCUAAUUGCACCCUCGUUGCUCAAGUUGGCGUUUUUACCGCACUCGACAAUUUGCAGCUCAUUGGAGAAAACGUAUAGGGUUGGGAGUCGUCGAACUCACGCGGUUACUGCAUCAAUUGUAGGCAGAAAAUGUGCGGUCGAUUCAGAGGACGGCAGUGAAGGCAUGAACUGCGGUUCGAACCUCGCCUACCCCUACUUCAUCACGUUCUACCUCUUCUGCUCCUUUGUGAUCAUCAAUCUCUUCUUGGCUGUCAUAAUGGACAACUUCGAUUACCUCACACGCGAUUGGUCAAUUCUCGGGCCCCAUCAUCUGGACGAGUUUGUGACUCGUUGGGCCGAAUACGACCCCGAAGCCAAUAAGCACGUCACCCCUGAGUCUUCUAUUUCUCUACACGAGAAAGUCCACUUCUGGGACGAGAAACGUAAUCGUCAUAAUAAAUUUAACUCGGAAACUCCACGUAUCAAUAGGGGCUUUGAACAAAAAUUGGUGCAAAUGAACAUGCCUUUGCAAAGCGAUGGAACCGUCUUCUUCAACGCCACCCUCUUCGCGUUGGUUCGUCGGAAUCUGCGUAUUAAGGUGCCAGAAGAUGACGAGAAAGAGAAGUCGUUGGAUCAACUCAACGAGGAGCUUCGAGGUGUCAUCAAGAAGAUUUGGAAACGAACGAGUCCAAAACUCCUGGAUCAGAUUCUUCCUCCUAAAGAACUCGACGUUGUAACAGUGGGCAAGUUUUACGCGACCUUCCUCAUCCAGAAUUGGUUUCGUGAAUGGCAGAAACGCAAAAUGAUACAAAAGGACACGCGCUACAUCCCUCAGAUUUUGGCCGGUGAUCGCGCGAUGCCGCAUCAGCCGACAAUCGUGGGUUUCCCGCGACGCUGCUCCUCCGACCUUACCGGCGAUGACAUCCAGCGCAGGAAGGGCGAAAAGCUCGAUGUGAUACCGGGCGGAGGGAUCUUGGGAAGAACCCUGACCGACUGGACACGAAAGCGCGGCAAGAAGCACGUCUCCUCGGGUCACCGCGACAUCACCGAGGACCCGGAGGUGAAGAAGCGCCAGGCGCAGGCAGGCGGUGGUGCCAACGGCGCCACUCAGCAGCCUGGUGAUGGACAGCUGCCUGUCAUUCAAGUCCACGCACCUCACCCCUCCCCGUGUUUUCACAUUGCUGACACUCUGAUGUUACCUUCGGAGAAGAGGAGUUGUCGAGCUGCCUUCAACUUCACCGUUCAUGCUAACACUCCACUUGUCACCUUCACGGUCCCGUGCUCUCGUCGCUACGACAACUUUUCCCUGAAGAACUGUCAUUUUCAGCUUGGCACACGGCUCUCUGCAUCAACGGAUCUCUGUCGAUGUGAAAUUAAAGCAAUCACUUCAAACAGAAGCAGAGACGCUGGGGGAUUGUAUCAUGAUGGCUCUAAUCCAGGGGUGAAACGCUCGAUCCAGCCUUCGGGUGGCGAGGAGAAGUCUGGUGGUGGGCUGAUGGGUCUCAUCCGACGCGGCAGUUCUUACCUCCGCCGGAAGGAUGCUGAGGAGCAACAGCAGAGGCAGGAGGAGGAGAGAAAGGAGGACCUUGAAAUGGCUCGAACCAUGUUUGCCGCAGCUCGACGGGAGUCUUACUACGCCCACCGAGCUGAUUGA